AAUUACAGCACAUUCCUAUCUGUCAACGUGACCAAGACACAUUCAACCCAUUUUAUUUUCGCUGAAAUGAGUUUUGUCUGCACAAAAAUACGGAGAUAUUUUUGAGACCAACUAUGUUCGGCUAUAGAAUACUGGCAACAAAUUUAGAGCUUUAAAUUUUUGACGUCCAUUUCAUGUUGGUUGUUGGUUACCCUGUGCAAAUACGCAGAAGACGGCAAGUGAGUAGCACUGAUUCUAGUGUUUGGGUUGCAUUUUCAUGAUUUUCUCUGAUUUGUUGCCCACUUCGUUGAACACAUCAUCCCACAGGUUACUGAUACCUGUGUCUAAGGAUUUUGCCAACCUACCAGAAUAAUGAACUAUGGAAAUAGUCAAAGAGAAUCUAUUAAUUGGUAUUUUGGAAACAUAACUCGCAGUGCCGCAGAAAAUGAGUUGAAGAAAGCUGAGUCACCAGAAGAUGGCCUCUUCCUCGUUCGUGAAAGUAACACUUCACCUGGUGACUAUGUCCUCUCAGUCCUGCACAACAAUGAUGUGAUUCAUUAUCAAAUCAGGCGCCAUGGAGAAGAUGCCUUCUUCUCUAUAGAUGAAGAGACAAUUAUCCAUGGUCUCGACACCCUCAUUGACUAUUAUCAUGGAGAAGGGCCUGAUGUGCGACUUUCUCGACCACCAAGACUGCAGGACCCUCCCCCUCAUACAUCACGCCGCCAUGGCACAACAAAUUUGUUGCACAGAGCAACAAGGGAGGGAAAUUACAAAGUUGUCUCUGAAUUGUUGAAAUGUCAGUAUCGAAGUCUAGACGCCAAAAAUGAAGAUGGCCAAACGGCUGUUCAUGUGGCCAGUCGCCUUGGGCAAGAUGAUAUUCUGAAAAAAUUAAUUGAAAGCAAAGCAAAUAUCAACUGUCGUGACACUGCAGGUUACACUCCAUUGCAUUAUGCCUGUAGAAAUAAUAAAGCCAGUACUGCUCGAAUAUUGGUUGACAUGGGGGAAGCAAAUAUUCAAAUACGUCACACUGAAACAGGUCACGUCCCACUGCAUGAGGCGGCUAGCAAUGGCCACAUUGAUGUUAUUAAUGUGCUCUUGUCCCUGAAUGCACCUGCCCAUCCCAGAACUGUUGACAAUCAAACUCCAGCUGAUCUGGCACAGAUGAAUGGUUUUUCCCAGUGUGCCAAAAUGCUACUCGAUUAUAAACCUCCAGCCCCACGAAGUAAACGUGAAUCAUGGCAUCACGGCACUCUGGACAGGUGUGAAGCUGAGGGUAUACUUCAAAAGUGCAAAGAACAGGAUGGCGUGUUUUUGGUGAGGUACAGUAACCGCCAUCGAGCUGAUGUGCUCUCUAUUCAUCAUAGAGGACAGUUUUUCCACUAUCAAAUCAAGAAAGAGAAUAGUUAUUAUUUUAUUGACUCUGGACCCUUACACAACACAUUAGAACAUGUUAUUGACUACUAUACACUCCUCUCUGAUGGACUGCCCACGACGCUCCAGUUCCCAGUCACACCGAAACCUAAACCCAAGGUGCCAGAAAUGCCACCACAAGGGCUCUCAUCUACUCUUCCUUCAAGGAGGCCAAAAAAUCGCCACGGAGACUCGAGAGUGAACGGGAAUUGUACUGUUGGCCGGGGUUUCUCAGGUGGUUAUCGCAAUGACCCUCCCGAACUUGGCAUCCCAACAGUUCCUCCUUUGACUUCAAUGCAUUCCGCUCCACUUGCUGCACUUAUAUCAAACACCAAUUCCUUCUCACCUCAUACAAGUCACAUUCAUACUGCCCCUAUGCCUAGUAUUCCAACAGCAGCAUCACUUUUCAAUAACAAUACAAUCAAUAGUCAUAUCUCCUCUUCCUCUGUGAGCCGGAUACUUGAAACUCAACAAGGUCACAUUCCUGCUGAAAAACUUGUGUUUGGAGAAGUGAUUGGUGAGGGUGAAUUUGGCUCUGUAUUCAAGGGCAAGUAUACAGAAUCAAGUGGGCAAGAGGUAGCUGUAGCCAUUAAAACUUUACGUGAGGAACAUGCAUUUUAUGAUCGAGAUGUAUUUGUUCGUGAAGCAUGUGUAAUGAUGAGACUACGUCAUCCAUGUGUUGUUAAGUUAAUUGGAAUCUCUUAUGGGCCUCCUCUUAGCAUGGUCCAGGAGCUGGUUCCUUUAGGUUCCAUGCUACAAUAUCUAUUGGAACAUCCUGAGAGGAUCAAUCCAUCAUACGAAUUGAGAGUGUGGGCAUCACAAAUUGCUUCUGGAAUGAAGUACCUUGAAGAGCAAAGGUUUGUCCAUCGAGAUUUAGCUGCCCGCAACAUUCUCUUGGCAUCCCGACACCAGGCAAAAAUAAGUGAUUUUGGUUUGUCUCGCUCUUUUCUGGAGAAAGAUUAUUAUAAAGCAACCCAAGGAGGACGAUGGCCUAUAAAAUGGUAUGCUCCAGAGUCAUUCAAUUUUGGAAAUUUUUCAAAUGCAAGUGAUGUAUGGAGUUUUGGUGUGACGCUGUGGGAAAUGUUUUCCUUUGGCCAACAACCCUAUGGUGAUAUGAAAGGAAUCGAGGUCACGGAACUGAUCAUGAGAGGUGAACGUCUGCAACAACCGGACCGCUGCCCUGAUGAUGUAUACAGGAUAAUGGAGCAAUGUUGGGCUUUCCAGCCCCGUGAUCGACCUUCAUUUGCUCAGCUAGCUGAAAACUUUGCUUCAGAUGCCAACUACAUCAACAUUACAGAGUUGGUUCUCGAUCCGACUAUCAGUCUGAGCUGAUACUUUAGAGAACAAAUUGCAGAAAGUGAUAAAAGACAGUGGUGUUUGCGUGAGCAAACAUUUGGAGGAAUUUGGGAGAAGUGGCAACAAAAAUACUGAGACUGAUAAAGUAAAUCAUUGGAAAUGUUUGCACUCUGCUAGAUAAUUUUCCACUCAAAAGCAGUGUCCAAAAAUCAGGGUUGUGUUGUUCUGGGUUUAUCGUAAUGCCACCUAUGUUAAAUUGUUUUGUAGUUCUAUUAGAGAAGGUUUGUAGUUGUGCAUGCAUAUUGGUUUGGUGUAAAUGUAAUAUUUACAUCAUGGAUAAUACUACUUUCAGAUUUCAAAGCCAUGUGGACAUUUAUUAAUGUAAUGUGUGAAGCAGAAGGACGUCAAAGGUAAAAGUCUGAAAGUUUGUUAAGUCACAUUGAGACAGCAAAAAAUAAAAUAAAAAAGUGAUUACAGUAGUUUAAAAUUUUAUGCCAGUUAUAGAUUAUUUUAAUUGUAUGUAUUUUUAUUAUUAUCACUUGCUUACCUUUAUGUGAUUGUGCCUUUUAUCAAUUAUUGUUAAUUUUAAGAUAGACUAUUGAGAAAAAGUCAAGACUUUCAUACAUCCUAUUCUAAUGAAUCAAAUCCAAUUUCUAUGAACAAGUCUUUUCUAGUGGAAUGCUGCCAUGGAACAGUUAUUGUUGAAAUUGUGUUUGUAUUUUUGUACCUGACAAUGUGCUAUAAUAAUAUGGCAAACAGUUCAUCAUAUCAGCUCAAAUCAAUUCUCUACCAAAAUUAAAUAAAUUGUCGAUAAUGAUUAAGAGCGUGAGGUGACAAUGGGCAAAAUGUAUUUCUGUUGCCUGCUCUCGUCUUAAGUGUGAACAUGACUAAACAUUGUUUACUUGUUUGUUAGAGCUGUAUGCAUUAUUUUAUCAUCAUGAUUGCUGCCCAUAAAGAUACUGAAAUUUCUUUGCUUUUAAAUCUCACAUUUGGGAGACAUAGGUUUUAAUGUCUUACUUUGUGUCAUGUAUGCUUCCUCCAGAUCAACGCUUCUCAUUCUACCUGGCUGCCACCCCAGUCAAGUUCAGCACAAUAUUUUCCUUGAAUGGGCUGCCUGUGCUGUGAUGUUUUAUGUAUUUGAAAUGUAAAGGGCCGCUUCAUGUAUCCUGACCUAGUUAUUGUUUGUGCUUAUCUAAGUCAUGUUAAGUGGUGCCUUUAUGCUGUGUAUGUUGGAAAGGAAUAAAGUUUAGAUAUCAUUUUAAAAAGACAAAGUUAAA